AUGCCGUGUACGCUUGCAGAAUGGAGGAGGUGGAUUCGCCCGCUGGUUCUGGUUCUCUACGCUCUUCUGCUCGUGGCCGUGCUGCCGCUCUGCAUCUGGGAGCUGCAGAAAGACAAGGUUGGCACUCACAGUAAAGCUUGGUUCAUAGCCGGCGUAUUCGUCUUUCUGACCAUCCCAAUUUCACUCUGGGGGAUUCUCCAGCAUAUGGUGCACUACACUCAGCCUGAGCUGCAAAAACCAAUCAUCAGGAUACUAUGGAUGGUGCCAAUCUACAGUUUGGACAGUUGGCUCGCUCUGCGGUAUCCUAACCUGGCCAUCUACGUGGACACGUGCAGGGAAUGCUACGAGGCCUUCGUCAUCUACAACUUCCUGGUGUUCCUGCUGAACUUCCUCAGUAACCAGUACCCCAGCCUGGUGCUCAUGCUGGAAGUCCAACAGCAGCAGCCCCACCUGCCCCCGCUCUGCUGCUGCCCACCAUGGCCCAUGGGAGAGGUGCUGCUGUUCAGGUGUAAACUGGGAGUCCUCCAGUACACUGUGGUCAGACCGGUUACCACGGUGAUAGCGCUGAUCUGUCAGCUCUGUGGGGUUUAUGAUGAAGCCAACUUCAGUUUCAGAAACGCCUGGUCGUACCUGGUCAUAAUCAACAACAUAUCACAGCUGUUUGCCAUGUACUGCCUUGUGUUGCUCUACCGAUCCCUCAGAGAAGAGCUGAAUCCCAUCAGGCCUGUGGGCAAGUUCCUCUGCGUGAAACUGGUGGUGUUUGUCUCCUUCUGGCAGGCAGUGUUUAUAGCGUUCCUGGUGAAGGUCGGUGUGAUCUCGGACAAACACACCUGGGACUGGGACAGUGUGGAGGCCGUUGCCACUGGACUGCAGGACUUCAUCAUCUGCAUAGAAAUGUUCCUGGCUGCCAUAGCUCACCACUACACCUUCACCUACAAGCCCUACGUACAGGAAGCAGAAGAGGGAUCGUGUUUCGACAGUUUUCUGGCCAUGUGGGAUUUCUCUGACAUCAGGGCCGAUGUCACAGAGCAGGUUCGCCAUGCUGGUCGGACGUUUCUUGGUCGUCCCAACAAGAUGUACUUUGGUUCGGCAGCCCGACCCGAACACACCGAACACACCGGCCUCCUCACAGCGAGCUCCCAGGACCCCAUUGUCGUGGCAGCAACAUCAAUGCCCUCCUCCCCUUCCUCCAGUGGGCGGUACCAAGGCCUCGGCCACACUCCCGCUCCACACUCCAUCUCAGCUCCUGCGGGCUUCACCUCCUCAUCCUGGGAGGACGACAGCGACGGCUCGCCUCCUCAGGCAGGUGUCACCAAAUAA